GAGAAAAAUUUUGACGCGAGAAUAUUUUUGUUAUUUUAUAUUAUGUAAAUCUCACCAUACUAAAACAUGAAGAUAACUCAUGGUGGACUGUUGUGGAAGAUAAACACUUCCCAUGACUGUAAAUUGUGUCAGAUUCUGGUGUGUACGUCAUGGGGAAGUGCGAAAGAUCAACACUGAUUGUAAUCAGUAAUCUGAUUGCACGAAUAAUAAAGCUGUUGCACUCGCUGUAAGCAACAUAACUUCUGAGUUCCUCUCAAAGGUCAGUACGGUGUCGUGGAGACAUCAAAACAAAAAGAAAUUAUGAAGGUUUACACAACAUGUAUCAUCGCGGUGAUUGGAUGGACAAUAUGCAAAGCAUCACCACAAAAGAAGAAAAGGAAAGACCCAUUUUUAUACCUACAACGCUAUGGCUACAUUGAAUCCAUGGCGGGCCAAAUCUCUCACGCUCAUUCGGCUGAUAACGCAAUACGUAAAUUCCAGCGUUAUGCAAAACUUCCCGUAACAGGAAUAAUGGACAGAGCAACCAGAAAAAAACUGACUGGACCUCGAUGUGGUUCACAAGACUUCACCCCUAGAGGGUCUAACAGUGGUAAUGUUGUUGGUAUGGCCGCUAGAGCGAUACAAGUGUCCUCCUUUAGAGACAUGCGCAGAAAGAAGCGCUACGUAAAACAAGGAUCUUCUUGGAAAAAGAGGACCAUAACUUGGAGUUUACAAAACUAUCCGUCAAGCAGCAUAAGGAUGUCAAAAAGAGACGUAGAAAGAACUUUGGUAAGAGCAUUUAAUAUGUGGCAGUCGGCAUCUCAGUUAAAUUUCAGAAGAUUGGCAAACAAGAACCUAAAUGUUGACAUUAUUGUAAAGUUUGGUAAAAGAUACCACGGCGAUCCAUAUUUAUUUGAUGGUGAAGGAGGAACACUUGCUCACGCUUUCUAUCCUGGAAUAACUAACACAGGUUUGUCAGGUGACAUUCAUUUUGAUGACGACGAGAUAUGGUCCUUAAAUGGUCAGCAAGGGACCACUGACUUUAUGUGGACUUCCUUACACGAGAUUGGACAUGCCAUUGGUCUAGAGCACUCAGAAAGACGGGACGCCAUUAUGUGGCCAUGGUUUGAAGGAUACAGAGCGAAUGUAAAACUCAAGCAGGAUGACAUCAAUGGCAUUCAAAGCAUUUAUGGAACUCGUGUACAAGCAACUUCAUGUUCAACAAACGGAAAAUUUAAGCCUGUGGUUUCCUCUGUAUGUUACAACAGCCGACUCGACGCAGUCGUCUACCACAAAGAAAGUUGUACAACAUAUUUGUUUUUGGGUGCAUAUUUAUGGAGAAUGGAUGAUGCAAAACGCGCAGGACAACGCGAGAGAAUCUCAUCUGUAUUUCGUGGUUUAGCAGGAAAUAUAGAUGCAGCUUAUGCACGUAGUGAUGGUUCAUUAGUUUUCUUCAGAUAUAAUCAGUUUUGGAUCUAUAACAAGAACUUCCGAAAACUUCAAGGUCCUUUAGAUAUUCAACGAUUUAUAAAGAACGCCAGAAACGUACGACUUCGUCGAAUUGGUGCAGCAAUGGUGUGGGAUGGCAACAACAGAGUUUAUUUCUUCCGUGGUAAAAAAUAUUGGAGAUAUAACGAAAAGAACAAAGUUAUUGAUAAAGGCUAUCCUAAGCGAACUUCUGUCUGGCGUGAUGUUCGUAGUCCUGUAGACGCCGCUUUUAGCUGGAAAAACAGCAAAACAUUCUUCUUGCGAGGCAACGAUAUCGAUAAGUUUAGUAAUAGUUUAUUCCGAGUAAGAAAAGGGCGCAAAAUAAAUAAAUUUGUAAGAAACUGUUGACUUGCAGAUGGUCGCAUUCUCCAGUUGACGUACAUUUGUAGAUAUUUGUACAUAGAAAUUUUCAUUUUUGGACUUAUUAAAAAAAAUGAUCGCGUGAAA